AUGGUGGUAGUUGGGCUUUUUGUACGUGCCCAGUUGGAAAAUGUUGCGGAAGUUCGCGUUCCGGAGAAACACUACUGGACCUUCGCCCUAAAGGACUCUGUUGGUGACGAGACACGUGAUUUCGUCACAAUCAGCGACGAACAAUUAGUAGAAAGUGAAAAUACACGAAAUGUCGUCCAUGCAUCCAUCUUUUUCAAGGAAUCAAGCCGUAGGGGAACCAUCACCAUAAAGUCGAUCAAGGGGGUUACUAAAAACGCCAUCACGGAAUCGAAUACGUUCACCUGCAUAGGCGCCUUCGAUUGCAGGGGCAUCGACAUCACUAAGUGGUAUCCGCGUGGUGGUUACGAAGUCGUGUGCGAGAGUGGUACCGUCAUACCUGAUAUUGAAUUUGACGCCACGGGCGCGUGGGUCGGUUUCGACGAGAAGGCAGGGACCUCAGUCUCCGUUAUGGAGCUCGAUUAUGAGCUCAGGACUCUGUGA